UUUUUAUAAUAAUUACUAGCCAACUCGGAUUUAAAACGUUUGCAUUUGCCGCGUGCUUGUCGUGUUUCGUCGAAUGCGCAGUUCUGUUAUAGGGAAUUCGCGGACCUAAAGCUCUAGUGAUAUAUCGCUGACGGCGGCUGACACGGGAUUUGUUUUCAUUCCGUCACAUUCCGUGCAUUUGGUUGAUUGAAGUCGGCUGUUUUUGCUCGCGCGUUUGCUCGCGCUCGGAUAGAAGCGGAUUCUUCAGCGCGCAGGUUGUACAGACGACAAUGGCCAACCAUUACGAGGUUCCGAAUUGGGCCGGCAAACCGCCGGUAGGACUUCAUCUGGACGUACUGAAGAACGACAAGUUGAUACAGAAACUCAUGGUUGAUGAGAAAAAGUGCUACCUAUUUGGUCGUAAUCAACAACUCAAUGAUUUCUGUAUUGAUCACGCGUCCUGUUCUCGCGUUCAUGCAGCUCUUGUUUAUCACAAGCACCUAAAUCGAGCGUUUUUGGUCGAUCUAGGAAGUACACAUGGGACCUUUAUUGGAAAUCUACGUUUAGAAGCUCAAAAACCAACUCAGUUGCCAAUUGAUAGUACCUUUCACUUUGGAGCAUCUACUCGAUAUUACAUAAUAAGAGAAAGACCUCAGACUGGUGCCCGACCUAUCAUCGAAGAACUGGAGAAAUUAUCUGAGGAUAUGGAUGCUGGUGGUUUGCUAGGGCUACCGGAAACGGAAACAGAAUUGGACAAUCUAACGGAAUUUAAUACAGCUCACAAUCGACGGAUCUCUAUGCUUGGCAUAACAGACGACGAAAUGCACAAACCGACGCGCAAGCGAAAGAAAAAGGGAAUCACGUUUAACGACGACGAAGAAGUAAUUAAUCCGGAAGACGUUGAUCCGUCAGUCGGAAGGUUUCGUAAUCUUAUACAGACAACAGUUGUUCCUAAGAAUGCGUAUGGAGGGCGGUCUUAUAUCAAUGUCAGAAGAUCACCAUUCUUUAAAACACAUGCAACCGACGUCUACCGCCUCACAGCUCUAUCACGAUCUACCUCCCGAGCAAUUUACGUCAUCAUCGACAUCGGUCAAUCCGUUCUCCACGGCUCUUACGUCGCUCACGACGCGGCUUGGCAUGGCGUUACCCAACCCGGCACCCGACGUAGAAAUGACACCAAAUCAAAUCCAGGCGGAGGUACAGCACGUGCAAGAGCACAUGUCUGGUACAACGGAACCGCGCGCGAUGGAACCGAAGAAGAAAAAAUAUGCCAAAGAAGCAUGGCCUGGGAAAAAACCGAUACCAACGCUUCUUGUAUAAUAGGAAGAAUUACCGUUCGUGUAUACAUAAUUAUUUGCCGAUAGAGCUGCACUUUCAUCCAAGGAUUGUUCAUAUAUUACUAAUUUAUGUUGGAUUUUUCAUCAGCUCUGUCAUAUAUGUUAUUAUAUAUCGGCAAUAUCAAAUCUGUUUUAAUCACGUUAUAUAGUUGAAAGAAACUAUGUAAGAUUUAUGAUGAAAAGACUAAAUCUUUAUACUAAUUAAAAUUAUUAAUGUAACAAUAAUUCAGAUAUAAUUUAAACCAAUUGCCAUGGUUAAAGUUUCUAUAUAAAGUAAACACGUUUAAUAAAAUUUAUGAUAAACUAUUUGAAAAAUACAAAUGAACUAUUAUAAUCUAUUAACAAACUGCAUUUAGUAACUAAUGACGAUACUUGAUCAAAACAACCUAAAAUUAUAAAACUUCAAAGGAAUUUAAUGAUAUUGGAUUUAUAUGUUUAUCAUGUUAAGUUUUGUAUUCGUGCUACAUUUAGUUUAUUUUUACUGCGAUACACAUAUAUCGAUAGAAAUAAAAAAUUAUUAAUAUUUACUUUAUAUUGAAUAGAUUUUAGUUACUAGCAGUAUAAAGUUAUAUAUAUAGUUUUAACAUUGGCGUGAUUUUUUUAUAGUUAUUAAUAACAUUACCAUACUUGUUACAUAAUAUAUUGCAUUUCUUUAAACCUUGGCAUAAUAUUUCCUCUAUGUAUAAUUGCUGUCGCUCCAAGUGCAAUGAAUAUGAUGUAAAUAACUAUACAAGAUAUCUUGUUGAUAUACUUUUAUAAAUCAGUACCAAAAAAGUCAAUAAAAAGGUAAAUAUUGUAUA